AAAAUCUGAUUAAAAUUUUUAAGAUUCAGCAUAGGAUCUGGAUCUGUCCAGGUAUUGUUACUUUAUUCUAAAUUUUAGUGAUGAAAAAUAUUGAAAGCAAGACUGACUUAUUGGAAACUGAACUUCCAUUAAUCCUUUUUGUCCCUUUAGGACAAAGCCUUAUGGACACUAAUUUAUGAUAGAUGGAUUUGCUGGUAGAAGAAAGGCAUCACAUAGGCAGUAGUUUUGAUGAAAAAAUUAAGAGAUAUUUCAUGGAAUGUCUGUGGAUUAUACUAUGUCACUUCUGUCUUCAGUUCCAAGUCUUUUUAACAUCACUGUUAAUAUACCAAUAGAUUCCUAGGUAUUUUUGGAUUCACUAACGAGUUCAUCUGAAGGGUGUAACAAUGUGGGGGGGAAAGGCCAUCCUAAGAACUUCAUGUGCCUCCUUUUUAUGUUGUUUCAGCAUUUCUUAAUUCUCUGGCCAACAUCUAAUUUUCUGCACUGGAAGACAAGAAAAAAACAGCAGUAUCUUCAUAUAUUACAAUGAUUAAUACUCUAAUUAAUACUUUCUUAAUCUCACUUUGUCAUGUAGCUGGUCUUUCUGUUGUCUUAAAAAAGAAAUGUGUUUGGAUUUAUGAAUUUCAUUCAUAGGAAUGUCUCUAUUUUAAAAAGUAAUUUCUCUUAGAACAGUGAUUGAAAGAAGACUAAGAGAUUGGUGAUUGUUAUAAAUGAUCAAAUUGAGAGCCAAACUUAUAAGAAAAUUUAGCAAAGAUUUAAUAAUUUGUCCGCGGGACCGAAUUUCUGUCGUCAAAAAAACCACCACAGCCAAGGUCAGCGGGGAGCCCGGGAUCGGCGCUGGGUGAGCACACGGAUCUGACCUCCCGAAUGUCAGUCUCCCCCUGAUCACGAAUGCUGCUUUGCGCAGCGAGUUCUUAUACAGUUUAUUCUGCCCGAGGCAGAGAUGACCGAAUGUUCUUUGUGUCUCUUCACAUGCAUAACCGUGGCUUUACGUGUGCAGAGGUAGACAAAGAUCCAGUCCAGGUGUCUAGAUGAUGUCAGAGAACUUUGGGGAAGUCAGCAUUCACAUGCGUCAGGGUGGCGCCAUCGAUCAUCGUGGUAGAUGUAAUUGUUGAGGCGAUAAUCACUCUGUGUGACCUGGGGAAGCCGGUGAUUAUCACCCUCGAAGCUUCUAUUCUUGCGUUAAAGAACCCGAUGUUAUCGCAAGUAGUCCGUGAAUAAGACACUGCUCCCAGCCAGGGUGGUCAAAAGAGAUUAGAUUGGAUCUUACAAUAUUUUAUAUAUUAACAGCAUGAAUUAUCUCUACCAUAUACUACAGCAGGUAAUACUGAAAUGAUUCCAUAACCCCCAGCACCUCAUUUUAGAGUCCUUUAGAGUCCCAUUCAAAAUGUGAAGGGUAUCAUUCACCUACCAGUUGAUGCCUUAAGCUUCAACAUGACUUAAAAUGAACAAUUUAAGAAAACCAAAAACCCACAAAACAAAAACAAAACAAAAACACCCCCAAAAAACCCAACUGAAUAAAACACCCCAGAAGUAAAGACACAGAAGAAACCCCAUCAGAUCCUCCUCCCACAUCCACUUGGAAAUAUGGCCUUAACCCAAAGAUUGCUGAAGACAAUCUAGAACUUUAAAAGCUCAUACAUUCUGAAUGCAUUAAAUACAAUUGGAGCUAGCUACUGCAUAACCAAAUAAGCCAUAUUUUGUGCAUGGAAUAAAAAUGGCAUAAUGUUAAACUUGAAGGUUUUGAUUGUCCUCUAAGGAAUUCAAUUGAGAUAGGAACAUUUACAGCAAUACACGAGUCAGUCAUUCCAGUGAAUCUGUCAUUACUUUUGCCAUCAUUUUAUAUGAUGUUUUGUACUUCAUUCUAGUCUCACAGUUUAAAUUGCAGAUGUAGAAGCAUUUGAAUUUUGUUAUUCCUAGUUAAGCCAUGCCUGUUUCAGCUGAUGAAACUGUGGGGAACCUGGCUAUGAGAGAUACAGUCCUUACUCCAGCUGGAAUUGAAGGAUUACAAGAAUCAUCAUCUACACAGAAUGUAAAAGCUCGACAAGUCAUAUCAAGAAUCAGUCGAGAGGAACUGGAAGACAGAUUUCUUCGUCUAAGUGAUGACCACAUCCUACUCAAACAGUAUGCCAAUAAGCAAGAGGAGAAAAUUAAAAGAAUGACCACCAAGUUAAUACGGCUCGUUAAUGAUAAAAGAAAAUGUGACCAGGCUGGCUGUGGACCCAAGCGGCUGGGUCAGGCUCUGGAGCUGGAAGAAAUGAUUGAGCAUUUGCGAGAAAAAGUUUGUGAGCUUGAGAAACAAAAUGAGAGCCUCCGCAACAAACUCAUUUCGACUAAACAGCAGCUCCAGAUUCAAGGCCAUAGGCCUUGUCCGUACAGCUCUGUUCAAUCUCGUGUGAACACUGGUCUCAAAAAAGAGAGUGAGACUGCUGGCAUGCCAGAGAACACCAAGAAGGGAAUGAGAUUUCAAGGUUUAGAAGUGAGAUCAUCUGACCUUGUGCUUCCCAAAUGUGGACAGAGUCUGCUCGAGGAUUCAAGAGCUGAAAUCAGAAAUUUGGAGACUGUCAUUGAGUCCCAAAAGAACCAAAUUGAGGAACUAGACCGUGCCAGAGAGAUUCUUGGGAGUCAACUAAGAAGAAAAGAAAAGGAAAUUGAAGAAUCCACCCUACGGUUGAAAGAGCAGGGUACAGCAAGCCAAAGGCUAAACAUUCAGGACAAUGUGGAAAUGAUCAAGGUCCGUAAACAGCUGGCUGAGAAAAGCAAUGCUCUUUCAGCAAUGGAAGGAAAAUUUCUCCAGCUUGAAGAGAACCUAAAGAACUUGAAGACCAACCAUGAUGCUUUAUUAGCAAAAGAUGAUGAACUGAAUGUUCAGCUUAAAGAGGAGCGGUUAAAGUGCUUUCAUCUUCAAAAAGAAUUGCAGACGUUACAGGAAAGAAUAAAUGAUCUAGAAAACGAGAACAAACUCUUGAAGGAAAACUGUGAUAAGCUGCAUAACAGUGUCUUCAGUCUGCCUCAUGAACAGCAAUGGAAAUCAAAGGAACAGCAACUGAAACUGCAAAUUGCUAAACUAGAGGCAGCUAUCAAAAAUGAUCUAGCAGACAAAAAUGAAAUCCUUGACAAGAUCAAAUUAGAAAGAGACCAAAAGGAAAAGCUAAUGCAAGACAACAAAGACCUGCAGUUGCGCUACCUGGAACAAAAACAACAACUAGAUGAUCUGAAAAAUCAAGUGAAGUUUUUAACCAAGGAAAGUGAUGUUGGUGUGGCAGAAUUCAAUGAAACCCUCUUACUUAUAAAGGAUCGAAAGCAACAAAAGAAUGUGGACCUUCUGUUCUUGGAAAAAGUGGAAGAUGAUAUCCAUAAAGAGGUAGAAUACUCCAUGCAGGAGCUGCAGUUAACACAUGCGGAAACUGUGCAAGAACUUGAAAAGACAAGGAAUUUGUUACUUGUGCAGCAGAAAAUUAGCAAAAAUUACCAGACUGAAGUAGAAACCAUGACAAGAAAGAUGGAAAGUCUACAGAAAGAUUAUGAGUUAAAAUUGGAACAGUAUACCCAUCUUCUCGAUAUUAGAGCUGCACGUAUCAGAAAACUAGAAGCCCAACUAAGAGACAUUGUGUAUGAUACAAAACCACUUAAGUCCAGACAAGAAGUAUUGCCGAAUGAUCCAGUGGGUGGAUUUGUUGAAACUGUUCAUUUAGAAAGAGGAGAGAACCUUUUCGAAAUUCAUAUCAGCAAAGUGAUCUUCUCUUCUGAAGCUAUACACACUUUUGGUGACUGGGAACCUACAACCUUUUGUACUUACGCAUUCUAUGACUUUGAACUUCAGAUAACCCCAGUAGUUCAUGGGAAGACUCCAUCAUAUGACUUCACUUCUCAGUUUCUUGUGCAGUCUGAUGAUAGCUUCUUUCACUAUAUACAGGAAAACAGCAUCACACUGGAGGUUCAUCAUGCGUAUGGCAUAGAUUAUGAAACAAUUGCUUCUUGUCAGCUUAAGUUCCAUGAAAUCUUGGAAAAGGAAGGCAAGAUCUACAACACAGCAAAUUUAAUUGGAAAAACAGGACACAUUCAAAAUUAUGGUACCGUAGAAUACUGGAUCAGGUUACAAGUUCCUAUGGACCAAGCUAUUUUUCCCUACAAACAGAGGUCAAAGGAUCUGGGAUAUAUAAUGACCAGUUUUAGGGAGCAUGAACAACCAUCCAAGACUCCAGCACUCAAAAUGAAGCAGCGUGCAGCUCAAGCACACAAGAGAGUCUCUUUUCUGGAUCUUAGUGCAGUACAGAUGGCACAUGUGGUACAGGAUGCUAAACAGCUGUUGGGUGACAAAGUGAAGCACAUGGCUGAAGAAAUUCAGCAGGAAAAAGAAGAGCUCUCUCAUCUGUCAGAGGAGCAAUUGGCUGACCAAACAUUGAUUACUUCUAGAGAUGAGACAGAAAUAAUUGAAGAAUUGGAACCAGAAGAUCAAGAAGAUCAUCAAGAGGAUGAUGCUGUUGAAUCAAUAAAAACUGAUAGUGAUGACUGUAUUAUUUCAAGUCCAGUAUCCACAAAUAUUAAACAGCUGAGUCAGAGUAUACAUGGCAAUUAUUUGGAAGUUGAAAAAAUCCAGAUUAAAAUUACAUCACUUGGUCUUACUGAGUCACGAAUAACAGCAGAUGAAACGAUACAGCAGCUGUUUGUAGAAUGCAGAUUAAACAAUUUCCUUGCAGAGGAGACCCCACUGUCACUUCCAAAACCACCUAGUGGUCAGAGGAUUCACUAUAACUAUAGCACUGCAAUAAAUGUGGAUAAGGAAGAUAAUCAUGCAGAAAGAGAGUAUCUCAAGUCAAUUCUUCUAAAGCCAGAUCUACCUUCUGACAGCCUAAAAUUUACAGUGGUCAGUGAUCCUCCAGAAGAUGAGCAGGAUCUUGAAUGUGAGGACAUUGGGUUUGCUUAUGUCAGUUUAAAAGAGAUAUUCCAGAAACAAAGAGAUAUCAUUGAGCAAGAUAUUGAUGUUUUUGAUUCACAAGAUGCCAGUGCAGUAAUUGGAAAGCUCACAGUGACAGUGGAAGCCCUCAAUGCACUGCGUUCAGUCCAUGAAGAAUGCAAAAAUGAUUAGGAGGCAGGAAAGGGACAUUUGCCUAUUGAUGUUCUGCUCCCAGUGUAAAGAUACAAAAAUUAGAUCUUUAUCAUUCUCACAGUAUACUUAAUGUAAAAUGUAUAUUAAAAAGAUGCUUGAUGUCCAGAUAUAAGGCUUUGUACAUUUUUCAGUCUGUUUUCUUUUUUUUUAAGGUCCUUGCUGAAUUAUACUUCAGGCUCUCGACACUUGAUAGUGUAAGAGUCUAACUUAGUUCCAACAAAGUUUGGUUUCAAAUGCACGCUUGCUUGUAAAUUAUCAGAUACUAUUUGGGGGUAUUUUGUCUAAGGAAAUAAGUGAUGGUGAACCUUCAAACAGAAAUGCUUGUAGAUUGUUACUAGGAGUAGUUCUGUCACAAUACUAUGUCAGAAUACAAUAAUUCCUGUUAGAAGUGACCUCAGGUAGUUUUUAGCCCAGUCACUGCAGGAUUAGGUAUUAUGUUAGGCCAUAUUACUCAGGGCUGUAUCCAGCCCGGUCUGAAAACUUCCAAGGACAGGCACUGCUUAACUGCUCUCUGCACAACCUGUUCCAAUGCCUGACUGUUCUCAUAGUGAAAAAAGGAGACACAUUUCUACACAUUACUUCAAUCCAAAUUGAAGCCAAAGCUAGAUCUCAGUACAUGGAGCAGCUUUUGCACUUAAUGCACUAUCUAAUAAUUUAAUUUGUUGGGGUUUUUUUUAAUUCUACGGAUGGCAUAUUUAUCAUUUGUUUCAGCCAUUUAUAUUUUGCGCAGAAAUAAAAAUAACAAAGCAUUUUAGUGUUGAUUUUCAUGCUUUGUAACAUACCAUCACAUUUUUAUCUAAUUUUGUAAAGCAGUUGACAAAAAAUAGCUGUUAUUGUUAUCAAAGUGGUUUGCUCAGGUAAUGUUUCUGUAGAUUUCAGUGGUAAACAAUUUGUUAUGGCUUAUUCCUGGGUUCAGAGUUUUUUUAUAUUAGGCUUAGAUUAUUUUAAGAGUAAGGACAGCUGCAACAGUGCAAGACAGGUCUUCCACACAAUUAGCAAUUAUUUGUUUCACAUUUUUAUGGAACUGUCAUUCUUGUUAAAUGCAGAAUUAUUUCCAUAUGUAUUAAAGUCAUAUGUAUUAAAGAACUGAACCAUUCUUGAAAAAAGUUGCAAAAAUGUGGUCCUUCUACUGCUACAAAAAAAUCAAUAAAGUAAAGUCUGUUUUGCUUGUUAUA